GAUGCUGGAAUCUUUCUUGUCUGACUCACUUCCAAGUCAAUCCACAGCUAAUCAAAGAUAACCUAAAAAAACGGAAAUUACACGUCACCGACACAUCAUCAUUGCAAGAUUCCAAUCCUAUAACAGGCGCGCUAAACUCUUUCCAAUUUGUCUACUCACUCCCUGUCUCUCCCUCUGUGCAUACGAAUCUGGACAUGGCGUUACAGAGCCAAUUCUUGAAGAGAACUGUAGAAGAAGCCAAAUCCAAGCUCUUUCUUUACAAUAAAAGAUUUAUCUGCAGUUCUUUCUCUACCGUUCCUUCAUCUUCUGCAACCGCCGCAGCCGAUGCUCCUCCGCCUCGUCUCCCGCUGUUCGAUUACCAGCCUAAGCCGUAUAAAGGACCGUUGGCUGAUGAGAUUCUACAGAAACGAAAGAAGUAUCUAGGUCCUUCUCUCUUCUACUACUAUCAGAAACCUCUGAAUAUUGUAGAAGGGAAGAUGCAGUACUUGUUUGAUGAAAGUGGGCGAAGGUACUUAGACGCAUUUGCCGGGAUUGUAACGGUGUCGUGUGGGCAUUGCCAUCCUGAAGUUUUAAAUGCUAUCAAUGAGCAGAACAAACUUCUCCAACAUGCUACUACCAUCUACUUGCACCAUGCCAUUGCUGAUUUUGCAGAGGCAUUAGCUGCUAAGAUGCCUGGAAAUCUUAAGGUAGUGUAUUUUGUAAAUUCUGGGUCAGAAGCAAAUGAAUUAGCUAUGCUGAUGGCCAGACUAUAUAGUGGUAAUCUUGAGAUGAUUUCGUUGAGAAAUGCAUAUCACGGUGGAAGCUCUAAUACAAUUGGACUAACUGCUUUAAACACGUGGAAGUACCCUAUUCCACAGGGUGAAAUCCACCAUGUCAUGAACCCAGAUCCGUACCGAGGGCUCUUUGGUUCUGAUCCAGCUGGUUAUGCCAAAGAUGUGCAAGAUCAUAUUGAAUAUGGUACUUCAGGAAAAGUUGCUGGAUUUAUAUCUGAAACAAUUCAGGGAGUUGGAGGAGCAGUUGAAUUAGCCCCUGGAUACUUAAAAAUGGUUUAUGACAUUGUACGCAAAGCUGGUGGUGUCUGCAUUGCUGAUGAAGUGCAAACUGGAUUUGGUCGCACAGGAAGCCAUUAUUGGGGUUUUGAAACACAAGGAGUCAUUCCCGACAUUGUUACCAUGGCAAAGGGUAUUGGCAAUGGUUUGCCACUAGGAGCAGUGGUGACAACACCAGAGAUAGCAAAUGUGAUGGCGCAAAAAAUUCAAUUUAAUACUUUCGGUGGCAACCCAGUCUGUUCUGCUGGUGGACUUGCAGUUCUGAGAGUUAUUGACAAAGAAAGGCGUCAAGAACAUUGUGCCAAUGUUGGUUCCCACCUGAUUGGCCGCUUGAGAGAUCUACAGCAAAGACAUGACAUCAUCGGAGAUGUAAGAGGGAGGGGUCUAAUGGUGGGGAUAGAACUUGUAACUGACAGGAAGGAGAAGACGCCUGCCAAGGCAGAAACUGCAAUUUUGUUUGAGAAACUUAGAGAGCUCGGCAUUCUUGUUGGGAAAGGUGGACUCCAUGGAAAUGUUUUUCGAGUAAAGCCACCUAUGUGUUUCACUAAAGAUGACGCAGAUUUUCUUGUGGAUGCUUUGGACUAUUCUAUGUCAAGGUUAUGAGGAUCAAAAUUUCCAGGCUCAGAUGAAUAUGUAAAACGCGAAUAUCUUAUUUUCUGUAAAAUCAGAGAAAAAGCAAGGAUAUAAUUAUGAUGUUCAUCGCCAUUUGUUGUAUUCACUGUUUAUUGUAAGCAAGAAGCCUUGUAUGACUUUCUGUGAAUAGUUCCUUGGUCUAGUUCUAUGCAAUAAAAUCUUUUCCUCACUUUGAAAAA